GCCCAACUGUCUCGCACAUGCAUCCCUGGCAGCUCUUUGUCACUUCUGCCUGUGUGUUCUUAUAGGUAGCAAGAGGCCAUUCCCAUCCCAUGAUGGCCAACAGCACUAUAGACAAUGCCACAUUGUCAAUGUUUCAGAAUGAGACGGCAAGCAUCACCAUCUGUAUCAUCUACACCAUCAUCACCACAGUCAACCUGGCAGGAAACGGCAUCUCCAUGUGGCUCCUCAUCUUCCGUACCUCUCCCAAAACUCCCUCCAUCAUCUUCAUGAUCAAUCUGACCCUCACUGACUUGAUCCUUGGAGCUGCUUUGCCCUUCCAGAUCAACUACCUGGUCCAAGGAUACAACUGGAAUAUGGGUCCCAGUAUGUGCAGGUUCCUGACCAUUGUUUUCUUCUCCAAUAUGUACUGCUCCAUCCUGACCAUGACAGCUAUCAGUGUCGACCGCUACCUGGGCAUUAUCAGGCCCCUGAGGUUCAGACAGAUGAGGGAGAGUAAGUUCAUGGCUGUGAUUGUCUGCCUCUUGAUGUGGGGUUUGGUCCUGCUUGUUCUGCACCCACUGAUGACCACAGACCUGACCUUCUACGUUCCUGAGCUGCAAAUCACCACCUGCUUUGAUAUGCUGAGGAGAGACAUGCUGCCGUCCAUAACGGCCUGGGCAGCCUUCCUCUUCGCCAUGUUUGUUAUCCUCUUCCUCUUCCCUUUCUGCAUCACUACGUUCUGCUACAUCAGUGUCAUCCGUAGGCUGACCAGAGACUCAAAGACGGCCCAGAAGGGCAGAGCUGUGCGUCUGGCCUUCACCGUCCUCCUGGUGUUCACCCUCUGCUUUGCCCCCAACAACAUCCUCCUCAUAACUCACACAGUGCAGAGGCUCUUCUAUGGGAGGUCUCUUUACCUGGCAUACAAACUGUCGCUCUCCUUCAGCUGCGUGAACAGCUGCCUCGAUCCCUUCAUCUACUACUUUGCCUCCAAAGAGUUUCGAGAAAAGCUGAGACAAAUGUUUAAGCUGAGGAGCCUGAGUAGUGUGGAUGCCCCCAGCUUCUACUCAGCACAUUACACCUGCAACGGUCAGGAGGGGGAGCACAGCAAGGUGUGUCUGUCCCAGUCUCAGUAAACAGACAAGAGAGAGCGAGUGUGUGUGUGUGUGUGUGUGUGUGUGUGUGAGAGAGAGAGAGAGAGCGAGAGAGAGAGAGGCAGGAUGAGCAGCAGUAGCUUUCUCGUGCUCAUCGUGAUGCAAUAUGCAGUA